CGGCUUUACUGGGCUUGAAUUUUGUACAUCAACCUGGCUCCGUAGUUGUUGAACCUCACUCUCUGUGCCGUGCAUUUUUGCGCCGAUCCAACUUCCAAAGGUCCUGGGUCGCGCAGCACAGUACAAGCGACGGCAGCGAGCUCCUGCACGCAUACCCAGGCGGCGCAACUCGUCUUCCAUACAUACUUUACGCCAAGGGCGAUGUUAUUUGGCUUCGGCUUCAGCACAGCCAGCCAGCAGGUUACUACGCCCGCCGCCGCCGUCGCCUCGCGAGCCACACACGACGUCGGCGCCGACCUGGCGUCCUCUUCAGGACCACUCCUCGACGAUGGACUUACAGAUCGGCCGGGCUUCAAGUCGCCGCAUGUCAACACCGCACCAGAGCCGCAGCAGCGCGUCCUUAAUAUGAUGCCCGAAGAUGGAGUGCUCGAAAGAUCCCCGCCUUACCUGCACUGCAUGGCUGCUGGAGGCCUGGGCGGAACCUGCGGCGACAUGCUCAUGCACUCGCUAGACACGGUCAAGACUCGACAGCAGGGCGACCCGCACAUCCCGCCCAAAUACACUUCGCUAGGGUCUUCAUACUACAAGAUCUUCCGUCAAGAGGGCGUGCGGCGCGGGCUCUAUGGCGGCUGGCUACCGGCCCUUUUGGGCUCUUUCCCGGGCACGGUUCUCUUCUUCGGAACCUACGAGUACAGCAAGCGGAACAUGAUCGAAUACGGGGUCCAGCCUCAUCUAGCGUACUUGGCCAGUGGUUUCCUUGGCGACUUCGCCGCGUCCAUCGUCUACGUUCCAUCCGAGGUGCUGAAGACCCGGCUGCAGCUCCAGGGACGCUUCAACAACCCCUUCUUCGCAUCGGGGUAUAAUUAUCGGGGGAUGGGUGACGCCGUGCGGACUAUUGUUCGGCAGGAAGGGCUUUCGGCUCUUUUUUACGGUUUCAGGGCGACUCUCUACCGCGAUCUCCCUUAUUCCGCACUCCAGUUCAUGUUUUACGAGCAAGGCCAGGACUGGGCCCGUCGAUAUGCGGGAAGUCGCGAUAUUGGGUGGCAGCUAGAGCUCCUGACAGGCGCGGCGGCGGGCGGACUGGCGGGCACCAUCACAUGUCCCCUCGACGUUGUCAAGACCAGACUCCAAACUCAACUGCAUCCGCAAGCGAAUGGCCUUCCGCUCGCAACCACUGAUCCAGCUACCAGUAGCAACAGCAUCAGCGGUUCGAUAAAGAAAGUCCCAGUAGGCCCCGUUAAAGACAGCGGGCAUGUUGCAAAGGCCGCGACGACCAUCAGCGAGACAGCCGCCGCUGUUCAAAAACGGCUCAUAUCCACGUCCUCCCCGUCGACAUACACGCCGCGGCCCGGAGCCGUCACCCUCGACACGUCGUCGGUGAUCACGGGACUCAGGCUGAUAUACAAAGUCGAGGGCCUCGGGGGCUGGUUCAGAGGAGUCGGCCCGCGCGCGGUAUGGACCAGCAUACAGAGCGGCUGCAUGCUCUUCCUAUACCAAGCCAUAUUACGCAAGCUAGAGGUAUACGGCCCCAACGAACGUCCCGAAAUCGUCUGAAGAGUUUUUGCUAGAUUUAGACAAAAUGGAGAUGGUAAGACGGCGAGGUUCAUGGCGCCAAGGCGGCAUGGUUUCUGUAUGAUUAUAUAUUCGCCACACACCUUGUACUUUUAGGUUCUCCCUGUAUAUAGGCCGAGGCGGUCUGAACAAGGCCGGGGAACGCAGGGAUAUGCUACCUCAUGUGCCUCUUGUGCGCGCGCGCGCGCACGCACGCACAUGAAUGUACAUUGCGUGUGUGUAAUGUGGGUGGUGAUGACGGUAGUGCUGGCGUUCAAUUCAUUGGCGGGCUGGCUGGCUGGUUAGUCGGACUGGAUACAAUUGCCGUUAUUAAAGGGGAUAUAUAGAUUAGACACACAAGACGCAAUCGCAACUUUUUAACAUUUUCUAU